CAACCUGGACCUCCACCCAGCUGUGUGUCCUUAAAGGGUGACAAAGUGAAGGAUAUCAUCAAGAAAUUUGAACCAACACGACCAUUUCAGAAAAAGAUCCAUCAGAAACUCAAACCUGAACCCAGCUGUGUGUCCUUACAGAGUGGCCAAGUGAAAAAGAUGAUUAAUACAUUUGAACAAAGAGAGCCAAGUGGGAAAAGGAAUCAUCAGAGAGUCAAACAUGGACCUGAACUCACCUGUGUGUCCGUCAAGAAUGAUGUAUCAAACGGUGAUGGUUGUUCUCCUGCAGACAGGUCAGAGAUGGAGAAGGCCUUACCAGUGCAGCUGCUGGAAAUGCUGAAGAAAAUGGGAGAGGAGGAGCUGAAGCUUUUCCACUUUUACCUGCAGUAUGAACCUGGAGAUGACUUCCCCAAACUCUAUAAGUACCAGCUGGAGAACGCAGACAGACUGAAAACAGUAGAAGUGAUGGUGCAGGCAUAUUCAGACCGUGUGAUGGAGGUGGCGAGGUUGAUUUUAGAGAAGAUGAAUGAAGGAAGUCGCCCAGCCCAGGAAGCUUCAACAGUUUCAUCAGAAGAAGAUCUUCAAAGCUGUCAGUUUAAACUCAAAUCUGACCUGAAGAAGAAGUUCCAGUGUGUGUUUGAGGGAGUUGCUAAAGCAGGAAACCCAACGCUUCUGAAUCAGAUCCACACAGAGCUCUACAUCACAGAAGGAGGGACUGCCGAGGUCAAUGAUGAACAUGAGGUCAGACAGAUUGAAACAGCUUCCAAGAAACCUGACAGACUAGAAACAACAAUCAGACAAGAAGACAUCUUUAAAGCCUCACCUGGAAAACAUGAACCAAUCAGAACAGUGCUGACAAAGGGAGUGACUGGUAUUGGGAAAACAAUCUUAAUACAAAAGUUCACUCUGGACUGGGCUGAAGAAAAAGCCAACCAGGACAUCGAGUUCAUAUUUCCAUUCACUUUCAGAGAGCUGAAUGUGCUGAAAGAGGAAAAGUUCAGCUUGGUGGAACUUGUUCAUCACUUCUUUACUGAAAUCAAAAAAGCAGGAAUUUGCAGCUUUGAAGACUUCCAAGUCGUGUUCAUCUUUGAUGAAAGACCACCUCAGUGA